UAUAUACAUACACACACACACAAUAAUGACUUCCCAAUAUUAGUUCGUGAGAGUGCAAGAGUGAAUAGCAGAAGUUUCUCUCUUUCUUUCCAAUCUCGUUCUAACCAAACACUUCCCUCUAGCAAGCAUUCCACCCAGUGAUCAAAGAGGAGAGAGAUAACUCAAAGUAGAGUAAGAUGCUGAGUGUGUCCACUCCGACUCAGAUGCCCCCCAGCGGAGAGGACAUUUCUGGUUCUGACAGGGGGUCAGAGGUCAGUGUUCCAACUCCAGCCACAGAGACAGACCGCUUCGGCUUCAUCCUGGUGAAUGGAUCCACUGCCGGGAGUGAAGGCCCUGCUCCUGAGCUCGUUAGACAGAGAGAGACUAAGUGGAUCAACAUCAUCAGCCAAUGGGAUCGUGUCUUACUAAAGAAGUCCAGCAAGGUCAAAGAGCAGUGUCAGAAAGGCAUCCCAGCAUCCCUCAGGGCUAAAUGUUGGCCACUGCUGUGUGGCGCCACAGACAGAAUGCACCGCAACAAGGACCUCUACCAGACUCUGGACUCCAGGCCUGCCCUACAGAGCUGUGUGGACGUUAUCGAGAGAGACUUAGACCGCCAGUUCCCCUUCCAUGAGAUGUUCCUCUCCAGAGAUGGCCAUGGGCAGCGUGGUCUGUUCCGCGUGCUGAAGGCCUUUACUCAGCUGAAGCCUGACGAGGGAUACUGUCAGGCCCAGGGACCUGUAGCAGCUGUACUGCUGAUGAACAUGCCUACUGAGGAGGCAUUCUGGUGCCUGGUACAGAUUAGUGAACAGUACCUCCCUGACUACUACAGCCCCCUUCUGGAGGGGGUUCUCUUUGAUGCGGCCAUGCUGACCUGGGUGCUGAAGAAGACAUGUCCCGCAACCCACAAGCAUCUGCAGAGACACGGCGUGGAGCCUCUGAUGUUCGCCACCGAUUGGCUGAUGUGCCUGUUCACACGCCACCUGCCAUUCAACACCCUCCUCCGAGUCUGGGACCUGUUCUUCUGCUACGGAGUGCGUGUGUUGUUCCAGGUGGCGGUUGUGUUGGUGCGCAGGGCUCUGGGUCGGGUGGAGCAGAGGGAGGAGUGUGAGGGCCAGAUGGAGACUCUGGAGAGGCUGAGGGGUGUGAGGGAGCAGGUGCAGCAGGAGGACGAUACCUUCAUCGGAGAGGUGUGUUCUGUCCCUCUUUCGGGUAAGGAUCUGGAGAGGCAGACGGAGAAAGAGCUGGAGAAGUGGAGGAAGGAGCGGCCUGCCUCCACUUUUGAUCCCCGGGGUCGUUGCCACGGAUAUCGGAUGGCGUGGGCGAGGGCCCGAGAGAGGGAGGAGGAGAGGAACAGGAAGGAGAGGGCGAAAGGAAACCUGUCCAUCCCACCGAUUCGCUCGCCCUCCCUCCUCUCUCUGUCUCCCUCGCUCCUCCGCAAGAGGUGGAAGAGAGGGAGCAAAACAGACACAGGGGAGUGGGAGGGGGGAGGCAGAGAGGUGAGGAAGGUUUCAGAAGAGGCGUGGGAGGAGAGAAGCGAGGGAGGGGAUCUGAGGAGAGGAAGUGAGAAGGAUGGUCCAGUGAGGGCUCAGGGUGUUCCACCUCCUGCUACAGAGGACAGGGAACCAGUGGAACUGAGAGAACCGUUAGAACACAAAGAACCAUCAGAACAGGACAGAACCCAAAAGACCCAGAUGACCCCAGAUUCAGCCGGAGUAGCGUCCCAGCAGCGUGAGCUCACCUCUGACCCUCGCGUCACCUCACAGGGCCAGGAGGAGGAGCAGGGUGGUUUCAGCGAGACACAGGCCUCUGAGCAGCACAGCGACAGCCAGUCACAGGAAACUAACCACAGUAAAGGCUCCAUGGAAACACAGGAAGUACUGAGCAAACAGUCAACAGAGAGUGCACGUGUCGUCACAGAGCACAUAGUGACAGAGACAAAGGGUGAGGCAGAGGAACGCAAGGAGACAGAGACACAUGCAGAAGCCAAGACAGAGGAGGAAACAGUGACAGAGAUCCAGAUUCACACAGAAGCCAAGACAGAGGAGGAAGCAGUGACCGAGAUCCAGAUUCACACAGAAGCCAAGACAGAGGAGGAAGCAGUGACCGAGAUCCAGAUUCACACAGAAGCCAAGACAGAGGAGGAAGCAGUGACCGAGAUCCAGAUUCACACAGAAGCCAAGACAGAGGAGGAAAUGGAGGCCGAGGUACAGAAAGGACAACGCACAGAUAAAAGUGUAGGAACAGAGACAGAUAUGGGGUCAAAAACAGAGACUCAAACAUAUGUUAAUGCAGACACUGAGACAGACACUGAGGCCGACACGCAACAAGAGGCAGAUACAAACUUAGAGGCAGAAAUAGACAUUGGGUCACUGAGAGAGAGAGACAAAGAGACGAACACAGAGACUGAUACCAACAAGGAGAUAGAGGCACGUACAGAGACACAGUCACACAAAGGGGCAGCAAUGGAGACACACACGGACAAAAAAUCUGAGGCAGAGAGACAAACAGAGGUAGAAACUGAGGUAGAGGCACAUACAGAAACAGAGACACAGGGAGAAAAUGAGUCAGCGAUGCACAUAGAGGCAGACAUAAGAGUAGAGGCAGACUUGGGCUGUCCAUCACUGAUGGAGGCUGAUACACACAUAGAGACAGAGAAAGAGUCAGAGAUAGAGGUAGGGACAGAGACGCGCACAGAGGAAACUACUGACACAGGGACAGAGGAAAUUACUGACACAGGGAUAGAUGAAACCACUGACACAGGGAUAGAGAAAGCCACUGACACAGGUACAGAGGAAGCCACUGACACAGGGACAGAGGAAACCACUGACACAGGUACAGAGGAAACCACUGACACAGGGAUAGAGAAAGCCACUGACACAGGUACAGAGGAAACCACUGACACAGGUACAGAGGAAGCCACUGACACAGGGACAGAGGAAACCACUGACACAGGGAUAGAGAAAGCCACUGACACAGGUACAGAGGAAGCCACUGACACAGGGACAGAGGAAACCACUGACACAGGGACAGAGGAAGCCACUGACACAGGGACAGAGGAAACCACUGACACAGGGAUAGAGGAAACCACUGACACAGGGAUAGAGGAAACCACUGACACAGGGAUAGAGGAAGCCACUGACACAGGGAUAGAGGAAGCAACUGACACAGGGACAGAGGAAACCACUGACACAGGGAUAGAGGAAACUACUGACACAGGGACCGAGGAAACUACUGACACAGGGACAGAGGAAAUCACUGACACAGGGAUAGAGGAAACCACUGACACAGGAACAGAGGAAACCACUGACACAGGGACAGAGGAAACCACUGACACAGGGAUAGAGGAAACCACUGACACAAACACAGGGACAGAGGAAGCCACUGACACAAACACAGGGAUAGAGGAUAUCACUGACACAAGCACAGGGAUAGAGGCGGUCAUAGCGUCCCCAAAUGAAAUUUGGACACACACAGAGACAGCAUCAAAGAUAGAGGUACAAUACACAGAGCCCUCUAGGAUAACACCAGCCAAUCAGAGCCAGGUUUCUCCAGAGUUGACCUCAGGCCAAGACCAAACAGGCCAAGACCAGAAGAUUCCUGAAGAACCCCAGGGUCCAGUCACCAUCCAUCCAGAGGAGAAUCAGGAGACCCAGAACGUCAGAGAGAGUGAAGGAAAGAAAGAAGAGGAAGCAUUAACAUUUCCCUCUCAGGAAGCCUCAACUGACAUCCUUCCACCAUCACAUCAGGGGGAAUCACUGAAAGCUGACCUCCCUCUCAUACCUGGCAACCCAAAGUCCCAAAGUAAGAGUGAAAAGAGCGAGUCUCCACCUCCUGCAGACUCAAAGGCUGGAUCUGACAACCCAGUAUCCACACACGCGGACGUCUCCUCCCAAAGGACUCAGGCCCGUGAUGGACCCUUGGCAACCACUUCCGGAGACUUCCGGCACUGCAAGUCCUGCAGCUCACGGAAGCUCACUCGGAGGCUCUCUGAGGAUCUCUUCACCGACCCCAACCAAUCACAAGCCACUUUCACACACUCUAACCAAUCAAAUGCAGGCCUCAUUCAGUUCGACCAACCACAACCUAACACCACAGCUCCAAUUCAGGUACCAAAACACUCAGAAUCACCACAACAUGUCACAGGGAGCAUCCCAGGCACUGUCCCACCUCAGACUGUGUCCAAACCAGGCAGAAGACCAACCGACACCCCCAGGCGAUUUGGUCUCUUCCGCAGGCUCAAAGGGGAGCAGCCCAAACAGGGCAGGGAGAAAGGGGAACCUAAAGUCCCUGUCCCCAAAAUCCUGAUCCAGGACUUUAGUGACGGGACAGGUGAGGGGCGCACGGUCAGGGGGGAGGAAGAGGAGGAGCUGAGCUCCAGAGAGAGGAGGAGGAGACGGAGGGAACAGGAGAGGAGGGAGAAAGAGGAGGAGAAGUUACGGAAGAAGAGGGAGAAGGAGAUGGAAAAAGAGGAGAAAGAGAGAAAGAGGGAGAGGAGGAAGCCUCAGACGAGAGGGAAGAGUUUUCAGGUGCAACACAGCAAUGUCCCCCUCCCCGGAAACAGCGGCUCACAGAUAUUUGGUUCCAAAAGAAACUCUACUCCGUCUAUGGAGACAUACUUUUAACAAGAUAGGAAAGAAAUCGACGUCUAAAAAUAUUUUACAAACCACAAAAAUGACCCAUAAAACAUUUCCUUCAAUUGUAGACUUUUCUGGAAUGUAAAUAAAGCAAUUAGUUUUUCUAA